CUUAUUGUUUGCCCCAUUUUGCCUUCUCGGAGUCAAACUUUCGCAACUUUGGCCCUAAAUUCACAUAACAUCAUAACGCCAUUAACCACGUAGCACCUGAACCUCAAAUUCAGUCUAUUCCACAAAUCCACACCAUGCCUGAGCUCAGACUCAGAGAGUGAAUCCCGCAAAACCCUAUUUCAUUCACUAAUUCCAUUAUUUUUGCCGAUUCCGAUUCCGAUUUCAUUUUUUUGUCUUCUUUACAAAGCUUCCCAAAUUCUUCUGUGAUUUCAGCACAGGAAAAAUGCCGACUGAGAGAAGUCCCAACAGGCUUAAUUCAGACAGUGGAGAUAAGAAGGGAGAUAAAAAGCAUAGACAGCGACUUCAAGAUGCUUUACCUCUUGAACUUCCACCAGCUUCUGAUACUAAGCUAGAGAUUAAAGAUGCAAGCUACAUGUUGGAUGGCAAGACUAAUGGCCAAGGUGAAACAAUCAAUCAAUCUGAUCCAACGGCAGUCCCUCAUUCUGAAAAUUUCUUUCAGCAUGAUGACCGUCGAACUGCUGCCCGUGAUGGCAGACGCUCUGGACGCAGAUUGACUUCUGAACGUGGAUUGUGGAAAGAUUCCAAAGACGAAGAGCGUACAACACAUAGAACAGCAUAUUCUGAUCCCAAAGAGAGGGAGGAAAAAUCCCGACGUCAAGGUGGUGAUAAUCAUAUCUGGCGACAUGAUAGAUUCAAUGACGCGGAGGCUGAUGCACAUCCACUGACUAAAAAGAGACGUCCCUUUAGAGAGGAGAAACUUCCUAUGCAGUCUGAGAAUGUGGAGAAGGCUGCUCCAGAACAUAGUAAGGUAGCCCAUCCUGCUAGCUCUACUGUGAGAACUGGAAGAUGGGAAGAAAGAGCUCGUGAUCAUCGACCUCUGGAAAGAAAUGAACAAGAUAGAUCACGUAUAAGGGAGAGAUCAUUUUCAGUCCGGGGACGAGCAGAAAAUUCUGGCUUUUCUUCCAGAGACAGGUUUAAUGGUGCUGAUAAUGAUGGAAAAUACAAAGUGAGGGAUAAAUUUGGAGGAAGACAAGGGUAUCGGCCGAAUGGUACUGGUACCCGGGCUGAAAAGUGGAAGCAUGACAUGUUCGAUGAGGCUAAUAGAAGUCCAACCUCUAAAAACGACGAAGAUCCAGUAGCAAAGGUGGAAGCUUUACUUGCUUUGUAGAUUGGCAAAGAUUUGGAAGCCUUGGAGUCUAUUGUUGUUUGCUCUAUUGUGAGGGUUUGUUGUGAAUUUGCAAGAUAAUACGUCUGGGGACUGCUUCCAGUUCGUAAUGGUAAACGUUAAAAACCUUUUAGGGAGCUGUUAGGACUUUGUUUGAUUAUUGAAGAGUCUGCAAGUAAAAUGCUGGAGUAUUGUUGAUCUACCAUUUCUCUCAUUACAAUGACGAUUCUUAAUUGAAAAAAAAAUUAUUUUCAUCUGCA